AUGGGAAAGAAGAGAAAGAACGACGGUGACGCACCGUCGUCGUCGUCGUCUUGUUCUCAGAAGCCAUCCACAUCUGACGACUACUCGGUCUCAUUUGUAAAGUCUGAAGAGGAUGACGUGGCGACGACGAUUCGAGAUAAGACGGCGUCGUUGAAGUCGAAUGCGACGCAUUUCUCGGCGGCGUCUGCCGCCAAGGGUGGCAUGUUAUGCUGUCGUUCUCUCUUCUCCCGCCGUCGCAUCCUCCGCUCGCGAACCGUCCGCGUCGGCUACGGUCCCGUUGGCCACGACGCCAACGUGACGUUCUCGCCGAACACGGUGUGCAAUCAGAAGUACAACAUCUUCAGUUUCGUGCCGAUCGUCCUGUUCCAACAAUUCAAAUUCUUCCUCAACCUCUAUUUUCUCCUCAUGGCAUGCUCUCAAUUCAUCCCGGCCAUUCAAAUCGGCGCCCCGAUCACCUAUUGGGGUCCGUUGGGAUUCGUUUUGACGAUAACGCUGAUUCGAGAAGCGUUUGACGAUUUCGUUCGCUAUCUGAGAGAUCGAGACUUGAAUUCGGAGAAAUACGAGAAGCUGACGCGUGAUGGGACAAGGGUGGAAGUAAGAAGUGCUGAUAUUGAGGUCGGUGACGUCAUCAUAAUGCACAAAGACCGUCGUGUGCCUGCCGACGUCGUGCUGCUGCGAACAACGGACAAGUCGGGCGCAUGCUUCAUUCGAACGGACCAACUCGACGGUGAGACGGAUUGGAAGCUGCGGAUACCGGUACCGUACACCCAGCACUUGCCUAACGAAGCUGAUAUUAUGGAGUUGAAUUGUGAGGUCUAUGCGGAGAAGCCACAAAAGGAUAUUCAUGCGUUUGUGGGAACGUUGAAGAUCACCGUCGACGAUAGUGUCCAAGAUGGCUCGCUGAACGUUGAGAAUGUACUCUGGGCGAAUACGGUAGUCGCAUCGGGAACCGCCGUCGGAAUCGUCGUCUACACUGGACGUGAAACGCGUUCUGUGAUGAAUACAACACUGCCGGAGAGCAAGGUUGGACUGCUCGAUUUGGAAGUGAACAAUUUGACGAAACUCUUGUUUAUCUUUGUGUUGAUGCUCUCCUCAGUCAUGGUUGUCAUGAAAGGCCUCGACAACCUCUGGUAUCGCUACCUGAUGCGCUUCAUCCUCCUCUUCUCCUACAUCAUCCCAAUCUCGCUCCGUGUCAACCUGGACAUGGCCAAACUGUUCUAUUCGUGGCAAAUCGGCCGCGACAAGCACAUACCGGAUACCGUAAUCCGCUCGUCGACGAUUCCCGAAGAACUGGGCAGAAUCUCGUUCUUGCUAUCGGACAAGACGGGAACACUGACGAAGAAUGAGAUGCACUUCAAGAAGAUUCACUUGGGAACCGUCGCGUUCAAUUCGGACGCGUUUGAAGAGGUGGCACAACAUGUGAAGAGUGGAUAUGCUGGUAGAAUGGCCAAACACUCAUUCGCGGCGAAACUACAAAACGCCGUGGAAGCGAUCGCUUUGUGUCAUAACGUUACACCGAUAUUUGAGAAUGGAGAAACGUCGUAUCAGGCGGCGAGCCCGGAUGAGGUCGCCCUUGUGAAAUGGACCGAAACCGUUGGCGUUCGUCUGGCCAGCCGUGAUCUUCACGCGAUGACACUCAGCGUUCAACUACCAGGCGGACAGACACUAACCAAGAAUUUCCAAAUUCUCCACGUCUUCCCAUUCACAUCGGAAACAAAACGAAUGGGAAUUAUUGUGAAGGACGAGACGACUGAUGAGGUAACCCUUCUGAUGAAAGGAGCGGACACUGUGAUGAGUGGAAUGGUACAGUACAACGAUUGGCUCGACGAGGAAUGCUCAAAUAUGGCACGAGAGGGUCUUCGGACACUGGUCGUCGCUCGAAAACCGCUAUCCCCAGCCGAGUUGGAAGCGUUCGACCGUGCGUAUCACGCGGCGAAAAUGUCGAUUUCGGAUCGUAGUCAAAAUAUGGCGAAUGUGGUGAAUCGCAUGUUGGAGAGAGAUUUGCAGUUGUUGUGUCUCACUGGUGUUGAGGAUCGGCUUCAGGACCAAGUAACAACAUCCCUCGAACUCCUCCGUAACGCUGGAAUCAAGAUUUGGAUGUUAACCGGAGACAAACUCGAAACAGCUAUCUGCAUCGCAAAGUCCUCAGGACUAUUCUCCCGUUCUGACAACAUCCACGUCUUUGGGAACGUCCACAAUCGAACCGACGCUCACAACGAGUUGAACAAUCUACGACGGAAAACCGAUGUGGCACUGGUGAUGCCUGGAUCCGCGUUGAACGUCUGUCUACAGUACUACGAGGCAGAGGUGGCCGAGUUGGUUUGCGCGUGUACGGCCGUCGUGUGCUGCCGAUGCUCACCGGAGCAGAAGGCGCAGAUCGUGCAGUUGUUGAGAAAGUAUCGAGCACCGUUGAGAGUGGCGGCGAUUGGAGAUGGAGGAAACGACGUGUCGAUGAUUCAAGCGGCCCAUGCCGGUAUCGGAAUCGACGCCAACGAGGGAAAACAAGCGUCGCUUGCCGCGGACUUCUCGAUUACACAAUUCUCGCACGUGUGUCGUCUCCUGCUGGUGCACGGACGAUUCUGCUAUAAACGAUCGUGUGCACUGUCGCAGUUUGUCAUGCAUCGCGGUCUGAUCAUCUCCACAAUGCAAGCCAUCUUCUCGUGCGUCUUCUAUUUUGCCUCCGUCUCCCUGUACCAAGGUGUCCUAAUGGUUGCCUAUUCGACAUGCUACACAAUGCUUCCCGUCUUCUCGCUGGUCGUCGAUCGUGACGUCACCGCGUCGAACGCCCUGACGUAUCCGGAGCUCUACAAGGAAUUGGGAAAAGGACGAUCGCUGUCGUAUAAGACAUUCUGCAUUUGGGUGCUGAUUUCGUUGUAUCAGGGAGCGGUUAUCAUGUACGGAGCACUGCUUGUCUUCGAUGCCGACUUCAUUCAUGUCGUUUCGAUUUCGUUCUCGGCGCUGAUUGUUACCGAAUUGAUUAUGGUUGCGAUGACGGUGCACACGUGGCAUUGGGCAAUGCUGCUGGCACAGGCUCUCUCGCUCGGCCUCUACAUGAUCUCACUGAUCGUCUUCGAUCAAUACUUUGACCGUCAAUUCGUCCUCUCAUGGGUCUUCAUCUCAAAAACCACCGCCAUCACCGCCGUCUCGUGUCUUCCGCUGUACAUUGUGAAGGCGUUGCGCCGGAAAUUCUCACCGCCAAGCUAUGCGAAAGUUAACUGA